AUGGAGCGCUACAUCCCAGAUACAUUACCAUUUACAAACAGGAGACUGCCCAUACGGGUUAUUCUAUCAUACAUCUUCGACUAUGCAAUAAUUGUCAUUCUCGCUGUCCUCUAUGCGGCAAUUGACAGAAUCGUAAAACCUUUCAACCAACACUUUUCUCUCACGAACUAUACCAUUCAAUACCCUUAUGCCGAGAAGGAACGAAUACCAAUCCCACUCGCCCUCGUCGUCUCCGUCCUGAUCCCCAUGUUCAUCAUAGCCAUCUACACUCUUGUCAUUGAUGGUAUCUUCUCCCAUCGCCGAAAACAGACCGGUGCAGGCUGGUCCAGUAUUUACCGAGUGAAAGAUAGACUGUGGGAAUUAAACUGCGGCAUAUUAGGCCUAUUACUAUCCGAAGGGGCCGCUUUCGUUAUAACCGGCAGCCUCAAAAACCUGUGUGGCAAACCGCGACCAGACCUCAUAGCCCGAUGCCAACCAUUCGAGGGUGCUGUCGACCCUCCUGUCUUCGGCCUCAGCAACAGCACAAUCUGCACCCAAACCGACAAAGCCAUCAUGGCCGACGGCUUUCGAAGUUUCCCUUCCGGCCACUCCUCCUCCGCCUUCGCCGGCCUCUUCUACCUCUCCCUCUAUCUCGCCGCCAAACUCCACGUCCUCGACAACCGCGGCGAAGUCUGGCGCACCUUCAUAGUCCUGAUCCCCACCCUAGCCGCAUCAUGCAUAGCCAUGUCGCGAAUCAUGGACGCACGCCACCACCCCUUCGACGUCCUCUUCGGCUCCGCAAUGGGCAUCCUAGUCGCCUGGGCCGCCUAUCGACAAUAUUUCCCUUCCGUAAGCGAGACUUGGAAAAAGGGCCGCGCCUAUCCAAUCAGGACAUGGGGAACAGAAAUGAAAGGUCCACCAGCAAUGAAUGGGAAUGAACUCGUCCAAAAAGAUACGGAUAUGGAACCCUAUCGGACGAGGAUUGCUCCUUCCCUAUCAACUACGAACACGCCGGGACUGGCUCCGGGGAUCUCGCAGGAACAAGAGCAAUCGCAAAGCGGGAACGUUUUCCGCGACCAAAUCUCGCGAUCCCAAAGACAACGCAUAACUGACCACCACGAUGUUGGCGGCCCUGCAGAUGGGAACCCGUACCUCACCACGGCAGACGGGACGCGCUACACGUCGCCGCGCCUGCAACGAGGAGACGGAGAAUGGAGCGCUAGCGCUACGAGUUCGGAGGACGAGAUGGACAGGAGAGGCGGAAGAGACAGAGGAAGAAUAGGCGGUGGUGGUGAUGGUGCAGCAGGGGAGGGCUUCGAGAUGCAACCACCCUCCUACGCGGGAAGGAGAGACACCGAUCCAGAAGUUCAGAUCAGGCAUGCACCACCACUGCCGUCACUUAGACUAGGAGGCGGUGAUCUGGCCGAACAGGAUACCGGGUACAAGAGCCAGCGUCAGAAUCAGCAGACGGACCCAGCAGACCCGAUACCCAGCCCGACGCAUCCCGGUCAGAGGGUUCUGGCUUGA